GUAAGUAACUGAAGGGGACAUGAAGAAUUGACAUUUAAAUGGCCAGCAUGUUGCAAAAGUCUGACAGCAAUGCAAGCUUCCUCCGAGCUGCCAGAGCUGGCAAUCUGGACAAAGUAGUGGAAUACCUGAAGAGUGGGAUAGACAUUAACACAUGUAAUCAGAAUGGACUCAAUGCUCUGCACCUGGCAGCUAAAGAAGGCCAUGUGGGACUGGUACAAGAAUUACUGGAAAGAGGGUCAGCUGUGGAUUCUGCCACCAAGAAGGGGAAUACAGCCCUGCACAUUGCAUCCUUAGCAGGCCAAGCUGAAGUUGUCAAGGUUCUGGUGAAGGAAGGAGCCAAUAUUAAUGCACAGUCUCAGAAUGGCUUUACUCCUUUAUAUAUGGCAGCUCAAGAGAACCACAUUGAAGUGGUGAAGUAUCUCCUGGAGAAUGGAGCCAACCAAAGCACAGCUACUGAGGAUGGUUUCACUCCUCUCGCUGUUGCACUGCAACAAGGACACAACCAGGCAGUGGCCAUCCUUCUGGAAAAUGACACCAAGGGGAAAGUGAGAUUACCUGCUCUGCAUAUUGCUGCUAGGAAAGAUGACACCAAGUCAGCAGCACUCUUGCUGCAGAAUGACCAUAAUGCUGAUGUGCAGUCCAAGAUGAUGGUGAAUAGGACAACUGAGAGUGGCUUUACACCUUUGCACAUAGCUGCGCACUAUGGAAAUGUGAAUGUGGCAACACUGCUGCUAAACAGAGGAGCUGCAGUUGAUUUCACAGCAAGGAAUGGAAUCACCCCACUGCAUGUGGCUUCCAAAAGGGGAAACACAAACAUGGUGAAACUCUUGUUGGAUCGCGGAGGGCAGAUCGAUGCCAAAACCAGGGAUGGACUCACUCCACUCCACUGUGCUGCAAGAAGUGGACAUGACCAAGUUGUGGAGCUGCUCCUGGAACGAGGUGCCCCGCUGCUUGCACGGACCAAGAAUGGACUCUCUCCCCUUCACAUGGCUGCCCAGGGGGACCACGUGGAGUGCGUCAAACACCUCCUGCAGCACAAAGCUCCUGUGGACGAUGUCACACUGGAUUACCUGACUGCCCUCCAUGUGGCUGCACACUGUGGCCACUAUCGUGUCACCAAACUCCUUCUGGACAAGAGAGCAAAUCCCAAUGCUCGUGCCCUGAAUGGUUUUACUCCACUGCACAUUGCCUGCAAGAAAAAUCGCAUCAAAGUCAUGGAACUCCUGGUGAAAUAUGGGGCUUCAAUCCAGGCUAUAACAGAGUCUGGCCUCACACCAAUACAUGUGGCUGCAUUUAUGGGCCACUUGAACAUAGUCCUCCUUCUGCUGCAGAAUGGAGCCUCUCCUGAUGUCACUAACAUUCGUGGAGAAACUGCAUUGCACAUGGCAGCACGUGCUGGGCAGGUGGAAGUUGUUCGCUGUCUCCUAAGAAAUGGGGCUCUGGUCGAUGCCCGAGCCAGGGAAGAACAGACUCCACUGCACAUUGCUUCUCGCUUGGGAAAGACAGAGAUCGUCCAGCUUCUGCUGCAGCACAUGGCCCACCCUGAUGCUGCAACUACUAAUGGCUACACUCCACUGCAUAUCUCUGCCAGAGAGGGACAAGUUGAUGUUGCAUCUGUUCUCCUGGAGGCAGGUGCCUCGCACUCCAUGUCCACCAAAAAGGGAUUCACACCUUUGCAUGUGGCAGCCAAAUACGGGAGCCUGGAAGUGGCAAAGCUUCUGCUGCAGCGUCGUGCCUCUCCUGACUCAGCUGGCAAGAACGGCCUCACACCCCUGCACGUCGCGGCGCACUACGACAACCAGAAGGUGGCGCUGCUGCUGCUGGAGAGGGGCGCCUCGCCGCACGCCACCGCCAAGAACGGAUACACCCCUCUGCAUAUUGCUGCCAAGAAGAAUCAGAUGCAGAUAGCAACCACUCUGUUGAACUAUGGGGCUGAGACCAACAUUUUGACCAAGCAGGGUGUCACCCCGCUUCAUCUGGCUUCCCAAGAAGGUCACACUGACAUGGUGACCUUGCUGUUGGAGAAAGGAUCCAAUAUCCAUGUGGCAACAAAGACUGGACUGACAUCCUUACACCUUGCAGCUCAAGAGGAUAAAGUGAACGUAGCUGAAAUACUCACAAAACAUGGUGCAAACCAAGAUGCUCAGACAAAGCUUGGUUAUACACCUUUAAUUGUGGCAUGUCACUAUGGAAACAUCAAAAUGGUGAAUUUUCUUCUCAAGCAGGGAGCAAAUGUCAAUGCUAAAACAAAGAACGGGUACACCCCUCUUCACCAAGCUGCUCAACAAGGCCACACUCACAUCAUCAACGUCCUUCUCCAGCAUGGGGCCAAGCCCAAUGCCAUCACCACUAAUGGUAACACUGCCUUAGCUAUUGCAAGGCGGCUGGGAUAUAUCUCAGUGGUCGAUACGCUGAAGGUUGUAACGGAGGAGAUUACUACCACCACAACUACUGUGACAGAGAAGCACAAGCUAAAUGUACCUGAGACAAUGACUGAGGUCCUGGAUGUUUCAGACGAAGAAGGUGAUGACACCAUGACAGGAGAUGGAGGAGAGUACCUUAGACCAGAAGACCUCAGAGAACUAGGAGAUGACUCUUUACCAAGCAGCCAGUUCUUAGAUGGUAUGAACUACCUAAGGUACAGCUUGGAAGGAGGACGAUCUGACAGCCUGCGAUCCUUCAGUUCAGACAGGUCCCACACACUGAGCCAUGCCUCCUACCUGAGGGACAGUGCCAUGAUUGAUGACACAGUUGUAAUCCCCAGCCAGCAGGUCACAACUCUGGUCAAAGAAGCUGAAAGGAAUUCAUAUCGCUUAAGCUGGGGCCCUGAAAACUUGGACAAUGUGGCUCUUUCUUCCAGCCCUAUUCAUUCAGGCUUCCUGGUUAGUUUCAUGGUAGAUGCUCGUGGAGGUGCCAUGAGAGGCUGCAGACACAAUGGACUCCGAAUCAUUAUUCCUCCACGGAAAUGCACUGCUCCAACACGAGUGACUUGCCGGUUGGUGAAGCGUCACAGACUGGCCACCAUGCCUCCUAUGGUGGAAGGUGAAGGUCUGGCCAGCCGCCUGAUAGAAGUGGGACCUUCUGGUGCUCAGUUUCUUGGGCCUGUGAUUGUGGAGAUUCCCCAUUUUGCUGCUCUGCGUGGGAGAGAGCGAGAGCUGGUGAUCCUGCGCAGUGAGAAUGGGGACAGCUGGAAGGAGCACUUCUGUGAAUACACUGAAGAUGAACUGAAUGAAAUCUUGAAUGGGAUGGAUGAAGUACUUGAUACCCCAGAGGAGCUUGAGAAGAAACGUAUUUGCCGCAUCAUCACCCGAGAUUUCCCUCAGUACUUUGCAGUGGUAUCUCGGAUCAAACAGGACAGUAACCUCAUCGGGCCAGAGGGCGGUGUGCUAAGCAGCACUGUUGUACCACAAGUGCAGGCCGUCUUCCCAGAAGGGGCUCUCACCAAAAGAAUUCGUGUUGGCCUCCAGGCUCAACCUAUGCAUACCGAACUUAUGAAGAAGAUUUUAGGCAACAAGGCUACCUUCAGUCCUAUAGUUACGCUGGAGCCCAGGAGAAGGAAGUUCCAUAAGCCCAUCACAAUGACCAUUCCCAUCCCCAAGGCCUCCAGCGAUGGGAUCAUGAAUGGUUAUGGAGGUGACACACCUACUUUAAGGCUACUAUGCAGCAUAACAGGAGGAACCACCCCUGCCCAGUGGGAAGACAUCACUGGAACAACACCACUGACCUUUGUUAAUGAAUGUGUUUCCUUCACAACGAAUGUGUCUGCCAGAUUUUGGUUAAUAGACUGUCGACAGACACAAGAAUCUGUUACUUUUGCUUCACAAGUGUACAGAGAGAUUAUCUGCGUCCCCUACAUGGCUAAAUUUGUGGUAUUUGCCAAAUCACACGAUCCUAUUGAAGCACGGUUAAGAUGCUUUUGCAUGACAGAUGACAAGGUGGAUAAAACGCUAGAACAACAAGAAAACUUUGCUGAAGUUGCCAGGAGCAGGGAUGUAGAGGUAUUAGAAGGAAAACCCAUCUAUGUUGACUGCUUUGGCAAUUUGGUGCCACUGACAAAGAGUGGACAACAUCAUAUAUUCAGUUUUUUUGCCUUCAAAGAAAAUAGACUUCCUCUGUUUGUUAAGGUGCGAGACACCACACAAGAACCCUGUGGACGACUGUCAUUCAUGAAGGAGCCAAAAUCAACAAGAGGCCUUGUUCAUCAAGCCAUAUGCAAUUUAAACAUCACUUUACCCAUUUACACAAAGGAUUCAGAAUCAGACCAAGAACAAGAAGAAGAGGUUGAUAUGACUUCAGAAAAAAAUCAACAGGAUGAUCAGGAAAGGAUGGAGGAAAGACUGGCUCACAUUGCUGAUCAUCUUGGAUUCAGCUGGACAGAGCUAGCGAGAGAACUGGAUUUCACCGAAGAGCAAAUUCACCAGAUCCGAAUUGAAAAUCCAAAUUCACUUCAAGACCAGAGCCAUGCGCUCCUCAAGUACUGGCUCGAAAGGGAUGGGAAGCAUGCAACAGAUACGAACCUUACACAAUGUCUUACAAAAAUCAACCGCAUGGAUAUUGUUCACCUCAUGGAGACCAGCGGCAUUGACUCCGGUCAGGUCCAUGGCAGUUGCACAUACGUGGAAAUGGAGCAAACGAUAGGAUUGGACCACAGUGAAGGGUUUUCUGCACUGCAAGAAGAAGCAUACAGUUCAAGACAUAAGCGAGGAGAUGACCACAGAAUAUCUAAAGACAAUGAUCCGUCCGAACAUCCUCCGCUUGUCUCUGAGGAAGAUGUGUCUGUCAGUUAUUCUCCCUUCCAAGACAGCACUCCCAGGAGUGAGGCAGAGGUAUCAAUGGCCGAGCUCCUGAGACAAGCACAUAAGGAACAAGUCAAAGCUGAAUUCUCAGGGAAACCCCAAGAUGUGCCAGAUAAAACGUCUGCUUCACCACAGGAGUAUUUCAUCACGACUCCGGGAACAGAGUGGUCCAUGGCACCGGUAACUGGAAAUGCAGCAGGCGAGAAAUCCACCCGCUUCGGCACAUUGAAGGAAGAGAAACUGUCCUCGCAGCCCCCUCUGUCUGCUCAGAGAGGUGACUCUCCCAUCAUCCGAGAGCCUGAGGACACUCAGCUGUGCCAGGAUGACCUCUCUCCAAGGAGAACUAGUCUAGUGAUAGUAGAGUCAACUGAUGAACAGAAAGAGCAGUUUGGAAAAGGCUAUGAAGAGGAAUCCUUAGAAGAGGAAAUAGCCAAGGAGUUAGGGAGGCUGGAGACCAGCUCGGAUGAGGAUGAGAUGAUCACUACCAGGGUCAUUCGUCGCCGGGUGAUUAUUCAGGUACUGUGUGUUGACUUGUCGAGCCAAUGGUGACUGGGCCCUGGUGACACCUUUAGGUCUGCUGCUGAUGUUGCAUCUGACUCCGGAACAAUCCCAACUAAUGCAUGGGUUUCGGAUAAACCAUUCUGAUACCUUUUCUUGAAGAUUACAGUAAUACUGCUAACCCAAUGCUGAAUUAUGCCAGAUUCCUCAGUUGGAGGCAGAUGGAGGCUUCUCAGCCCCACACUAACCCUAACCCUGACACUGUAGGCUAGCAUAUAUUUGCCUGGACACUCCAGCAUUGCUUUUCUUUGCAUGCCUUUCUAAGUAUUUAU